AUACUACGUAUAUUUUAGUAAUAAUGAAAAUGGACAUUUCAUUGUGUGUAUGCUGAUUUCCUAUACACAGAACAUGUAGGCUUUUUAAUUAAGAUUGGAUGAAAUGUGUGUUUACUGGCGACCUGUCCCAGUUGUACACCACCUUUCCCCCUAGAUGUGUCCUUGCUAUUAUUUGUUUUAACAUCCAGGUGUUGUUGACUUGAGGUGGAAAAAUGGCUUUUAUCAUUGCUGUCGCUCUUUCUUCUGUUGCUGCACCCAUCUUUUAACUGUGUUCACCUACUCUAAAUCAGUCUCGGGCCCUGGAAGGAAAACCAUAUUCACAGAAAAUACACAGAAAUGCUAGCUGAUCUCAUUUGGGCUCUGAAGAUCUGGCAACAUCUGUCUAGUUAUGGUUUAAAGGAGAGGAGGUACACUUGUAUUUGAUCCUUAGUUACCACCAUGGAUGGGAAUAGUGUGUCCAAACCUCCUAGCAAUGGACUGCUCAGCCAGGGAUUAGAGGAAUACUUUCAGGUGUUAAAAGCAGAGGUGGAAGCAGACUUUCUGUCAAGAGAUGGAAAAGAAACGCCUCCUGGAGAAUGGAAGCCAGAGCAACACAGACUCAGACAAUAGUGCUGACAGCUUGACAGACGUCAAGUUGCUCUGUGAUCUCCUGGAGGCCAGCGGGAAAAGGAAUGUCUCUAUUCACCAUCUGAUGGACCAUGUCAACCUGAACAUGUUUGUCAUCGUGGGCCAGAACCUAAAACAGCAAAACUUCCCUGUGAGGUCUCUAUUAAUUCCAAUGGACGAGGAGACCAGGAGCUUCCUGAGGAGGUUUCUGGACGAGUUCCCCACUGCUCUGGAGGAAGACAGAUCGCUGCCCAUUACCCCGCUGAGCUGCAAAAUCACUCUGGAGGAGAUGCAUGGAGAGAGUCUGGCUCUGGGUCUGAGUCUGCUGGCUGAAAGAGGAGCUCCUGCAGUCCUCAGCGCCCUCUUGUGUCAGGCAGCACUCUCCCACCUCUUGCAGGCAGAUCUUUCACUGUUCUACUGCCCACAGAAAGAAGAACCAAAAGUCUCAUUUUUUGGGAGGCUACUUUGUUGCACCUGCUGCCUACAGAAACCAGAGGCUGACCAGGAAGAAGAAGAGCAAACACAAGUCUUGCUUCAUUCAGAGGCAGUCCAGCGUUUUUUCCUCAAUAAACUGAUAGACGUAGCUUUGGCAUGGCAUCAGAACUCCUUCUUGCCUCCCUUGACGGUUCCCCAGUUCCGCCUCUGCUCUGUUCAAUUCAUCAAAAACAGAAGGACGGAGAUGGAGGACAUGCACUUGGCCCUGGCUGAGUUCAACCAGCUCUUUGGCAUCCGGGAUGGAGUGGACCGUGCCUACUAUGCUGUGUUUGAUGGACAUGGAGGCGUGCAUGCUGCCAACUACUGUGUAACCCACCUCCACGUCGCUCUGAGUAAACAGGAAACACUGCAGAGUGAUGCAGCGGCUGCCUUUAAAGCUGCCCUCAGACACACAGAUUACAUGUUCAGAGGCAAAGCUGAGAGAGAGAGUCUGAUUGACGGCACUACAGCUGUGGCAUUGUUGAUCCACGGUCAAGAGCUGACUGUGGCCUGGCUUGGAGACUCUCAAGCAGUGCUGGUCAGGAACGGACAAGCUGAAAAACUCACAGAGCCCCAUAAACCAGAGACCGAGGAGGAGAGGCAAAGAAUUGAGGAUAUCGGAGGCUAUAUCACCUACUCAGAUUGCUGGCGUGUUAAAGGCAUAUUAGCGACAUCAAGAGCAAUAGGUGACUUUGACCUGAAACCCUACGUGUCUGGAGAUGCUGACUGCUUGACCAUGCGGUUGUCAGGAGAUGAGGACUACAUUUUACUGGCUAGUGACGGCUUCUCUGAUGUAGUCAAACCAUCUAUGGUCCCUAAUCUGGUGUUAGAGGCACUCCAGCAGCCUGAUGACUCAGAAGGAGGAGAGGACUCUCUGCUGCAACAGUCUGAGGAGAAUAUUGGAUUCAAAGUCACUGACCAUUUGGUAAGAGCUGCUCUAAAAGCUGGCUCUACUGAUAACAUAACUGUGAUGGUGGUGUUCCUGCGUCCACUGGAUCAGCUGCUCUGUCAAACUUCACAAGCUACUGAGGAGGACUCCACUUCCCAAGAUGCUCCACAGCAGUGAGGGAGGAAACCUGCUGCCCAGAUAGACACUUGAUGACAACCUGUCCAGCCCACCCAUGAGAGUUGGAGGUUAAGAUUACCUCUUCUAUGCCCCCUCAUUUGACAGUAUAUACAGACAACAACCCCCAGACCUACAUUAAUGAGCACCACAAAACGAAAUGCUUUAGGUCACAGGUAGAUCGGGAAGAGCUGGCAGACUUCCGUUUGAGAUCAGGUACCGGGCAGAUAAAGUUAACAUCGAUGCUGACACUCUCCAGACUGCCAUUCCACAUCACUGAGUACCUUGACGAUACAAGUAACGUGAGAAGUAAAUGAUGUGGUGUGUUUUGCUCUCUCAAACGUGACACAGGAGGAAAGUUCGAUACCCUGCACACUUGAAAUGUCCAGGAGGAAACAAAGAACCGAGAGUAUUGGAGGCUAUCACCUACUCAGAUUGCUGGUGUGUUAUAGGCUAUA